AUGGCAGACACGGAUGAGGAGAUUGAGUUACAAUCGGCGUCUAUAGCUACAUACUUUGUUCAACAUUAUUAUACAACAUAUAUUGAAAAGACACCUUGUAUGAAUUCUUCUCAAACUGGUCAUAUGUGGUUGAUGGAAAUAUUAAAAGGAAAUGAAAGUAGAUGUUAUAGCAUGUUUAGGAUGGAGAAAGAUGUUUUCAUUAAAUUAUGCGAUGAAUUGGAAGCUAAUUAUGGAUUUAAGGGUUCAAAGAGAAUGUGUGCUCUUGAGAUAUUAGGCAUGUUUUUAUUUACAUUAGGUCACGGUGCUGGAAACCGAUUAACACAAGAGCGAUUCCAACACUCAGGCGAGACAGUUAGUCGAUAUUUCAACAAGGUUUUAGAUGUUUUAUGUCAUAUGAGUGUAGAUAUAUUAAAACCACCAGACCCAGAAUUUAAAGAUGUUCCUGAAGAGAUAUUGAAAUAUUCUAGAUAUAUGCCUCAUUUUAAGAACUGUAUUGGCGCAAUAGACGGUGUACAUGUGAAUGCUGUAAUUCCACCUGAAGAUCAAGUACCAUUUGUUGGUAGAAAAGGGAUACCAACUCAGAAUGUCAUGGCAAUAUCUUUACGUGAUUCAACUUCAAAUUUUCCAAAACCUCCCCAAGGAAAAUAUUAUUUAGUGGAUGCGGGAUACCCACAAAUUACAGGUUUUUUAGGACCAUAUAAAGGCCAAAGAUACCAUCUACCACAAUUUCAACGAGGUAGCAAAUCUACUGGUUAUAAAGAGGUAUUCAACCAGGCACAUUCUUCUCUUCGAAGUGUUAUUGAAAGAACUUUUGGAGUAUGGAAGAAAAGAUGGAAAAUAUUAAGAGAUAUGCCUAGUUAUCCAUAUCAGAAGCAAGUGAAAAUAGUGAUUGCAUCAAUGACCUUGCAUAAUUACAUUCGAAGGCAUGCAAAACGUGAUCGACAUUUUGAGAAAAUUAGAGAUAAUCCAUACUAUUGUGUAGAAGAUCAAACUAAUAUUGAAGAUGAAGAUGAGACAGCUAGAGCUUCAAAUUUAAAUAAAAUGGACAAUACUAGAGAUCUGAUUGCUGCAAGUUUAAUGGGAUAUAAUUAA